CCCGGCAACGCGCGAGCUUUCGGCUUCACUUAGCGGGUAUGGCGGCGGUGUGCUAACCAGCUAGGUGCUAUUUUUGUUAGCAUAACACAUAGUCAGUCGGGGCUGUUAGCUUGUUUUGAUCCGGAUCAAGAGAAGAAACCCGCCAGGGUCUACUUUAUUUAGACGUUUUUAUAACUUCUUUUAAGUUUUGGAGGUGCUCUCUUAGCCAGCGUUACUAAUUAGGAAGCUAGCAAGCUUCGUCGUUGUCCUGCGAAGUUGGGUAUUUGUCUGGAGCAGGAAGAUGGUUUGUGGCUAAAAUUAAUCUGAAUUUUUACAGUGGAUUACAUGUUCAUGAUCACACUACGGUUACUCGGAGCCAAAACCGCACGGGACUACAAUUAUCUGCCACACUCUCGCCGGUCUUUCAAACCCUGACCCACCGACCACUGUCUCCUGUCUGCGGCCGGCUUUAGUGGCUGGCCACACGGCACUGAGUGCCCAAUGGAGGAUCAUGACAACAUGGACUAUUUUUAUCAGCAGGUACAGCAAAAAGAUGUUACUCGCAGGUUGCAGGUCGGCCAGGACCUCAUUGACUAUGUGAACGACCCACACCGCUCACCGGACCUGGAGCAAGAUAAACCCCGGCUGGAUAAGACCAUAGACGAACUAACGAGAUGGGUCAACUCCAGCAAUUUCAAGGUGGCUUUGUUGGGGAUAGACAUCUGCAAUGCGUUUGUGGAUCGCAUGGGGGAGCGCUUCAAAGGAUACCUGGGCACAGUUUUACCAGUUCUGGUGGACAGACUGGGUGAUGGGAAGGACCAGGUCAGGGACAACAGCCAAGCUCUCAUCCUUCGCUGCAUGGAGCAGACAGCCUCGCCUAUGUACAUUUGGGAAAGACUUCUUCCUGGUUUCAAACAUAAGAACUUCCGCACCCGAGAAGGAAUCUGCCUCUGUCUCAGUGCCACACUUGUCACGUAUGGAGCUCAGCCACUGAGCCUCAGUAAAAUAGUCCCUCAUCUCUGUUCUCUGACUGGAGACCAAAACCCACAGGUACGAGAGGCCUCCAUAACAACACUGGUGGAUGUUUAUCGUCACGUCGGAGAGAGGGUCAGAGCAGACCUUGGAAAGAGAGGACUACCGGCUGCACGGUUACAGACGAUAUUCGCUCGUUUUGAUGAAGCUUUGAAUUCAGGCAACAUGGCUCUCAGCCCCGGUUACGAUCGUAGUUUUGACGAUGAUGACAGCGUAGAUGGAAAGCAGUCGUCUUCUGCCCAGGCUGCUUUCAAGGUCCCAAAAGUUCCCAAGAAGCCUGCGGAAUCUUCAGCUGCACGCAGGCCCAGUGCAACCGGCAGCAAGCUAGUAUCCAAAGAAAGUGCUGGAGCAGUCGAUGAAGAGGAUUUCAUUAGAGCCUUCACGGAUGUCCCUACUGUGCAGAUCUAUUCAACACGGGAUCUUGAGGACAACCUGAAUAAAAUCCGUGAAAUCUGCUCUGAUGACAAACACGACUGGGACCAGAGAGCCAAUGCUCUAAAGAAAAUCCGCUCAUUGUUGGUAGCAGGAGCAGCCGGCUAUGACUGUUUCUACCAGCACUUACGGCUACUAGACGGAGCCUUCAAACUGUCAGCUAAAGACCUGCGCUCUCAAGUGGUCCGAGAGGCCUGCAUUACUGUGGCCCACCUGUCGUCAGUGUUGGGGAAUAAAUUUGACCAUGGAGCAGAAGCCAUCGUCCCUGUCCUUUUUAACCUCAUCCCCAACUGUGCCAAAGUCAUGGCCACCUCUGGCGUCUCGGCCAUUCGCAUCAUCAUUCGGCACACUCAUGUCCCCAGACUCAUUCCCCUCAUCACCAGUAACUGCACAUCCAAGUCUGUAGCUGUCAGAAGGCGCUGCUACGAUUUCUUGGACCUCCUUCUACAGGAAUGGCAGACACACUCUCUAGAGAGGCACACAGCAGUUCUGGUUGAAAGCAUCAAGAAGGGAAUUCGAGAUGCAGACUCUGAAGCCAGAGUGGAGGCCCGCAAGGCCUACUGGGGUCUGAGGAAUCACUUUCCAGCCGAGGCCGAUGCUCUCUAUAACUCCUUGGAGUCAUCGUACCAAAGGACCCUUCAGUCCUGCCUGAAGAGCUCUGGCAGCGUGGCCUCACUUCCACAGAGCGACCGCUCCUCAUCGUCAUCGCAGGAGAGCCUCAAUCGGCCUCUAACAUCUAAAUGGUCAGCGGGUCCAGGGCGAGUCCCUGCGGGUUCAAAGGGUGGGGUGUCAUCGACCUCCCUGCAGCGUUCCCGUAGCGACGUGGAUGUAAAUGCAGCGGCAGUCUCUAAACACCGGCACGUCGGACAAGCCGGGGGAGCGGGCCGUCUGCCCCCCGGCUCCUACUCUUCACUGGAUGAUGCCUCUGAUAAAACGGAUGGGACCAGAUCAGACAAUGGCCGCGUACGUACUAAGCAACCUUUGUCCACCGCCAGCAGCGUGUCUAGCCAGGUGGACUCAAGAGGACGAAGCCGCACCAAGAUGGUGUCACAGUCACAGCGUUCGGACGAAUCCGAUUGCACACCAGGAUCUCAGUCUGCUACCCCUGUUGGUGCUGGCAGUCGAAGUGGCUCCCCGGGUCGUGUGCUGACGAGUACGGCACUGAGCACCAUGAGCUCAGGGGCCCACAGGGUGUUGGCUGGAAGCAGCAGAGACGGACACAGGCGCAGCCGAAUCCCACGAAGUCAGGGAUGCUCUAGAGACUCAUCCCCCACCCGGCUGUCUGUUGCUCCUUCCAGUAUUAGUUCCAUCUACAAUGGUGCGAGUCGAGGAGCUCGGGGCAGUCGUAUCCCCCGGCCCAGUAUGAGUCAGGGCUGCAGCAGAGAGGCCAGCAGAGAGAGCAGCCGGGACACCAGCCCCGUACGCUCCUUCACACCUCUGGCAACGCGGAGCUACUCUCGCUCCACCGGAGCUCUUCACACACCUGAUGCUUUUGGGGCUGCAGGGUCAGGGUUUGGCAUCAGUCAGUCCAGUCGCCUCUCCUCUUCAGUCAGCGCCAUGAGGGUCCUCAACACUGGCUCAGAUGUAGAAGAGGCUCUUGCAGAUGCGCUGCUGUUGGGAGACAUGCGGUCCAAGAAGAAGCCAGCUCGGCGGCGAUACGAAAACUACGGCAUGUACUCUGAUGACGACGCCAACAGUGAUGCUUCCAGUGCCUGCUCCGAGAGGUCCUACAGCUCCAGGAAUGGAGGGGCCAUCCCCACCUACAUGAGGCAGACGGAGGAUGUGGCUGAGGUGCUGAACCGAUGUGCUAGUGCCAACUGGUCUGAGAGGAAGGAGGGGUUGUUGGGUCUACAAGCAUUGCUUAAAAACCAGCGCACCCUAAGUCGGGUAGAGCUGAAGAGACUGUGUGAAAUCUUCACCAGGAUGUUUGCAGACCCUCACAGUAAGCGAGACUCCGGCAGGGUGUACGGCACGGCAGAAUCCGGUAUAAGCUCAGCCUCCUUCAAGAGAGUGUUCAGUAUGUUCCUGGAGACUCUUGUAGAUUUCAUCCAGGUUCAUAAGGAUGACCUUCAGGACUGGCUGUUUGUCCUGCUCACCCAGCUGCUGAAGAAGAUGGGAGCUGACCUGCUGGGCUCUGUACAGGCCAAAGUUCAGAGAGCCCUGGAUGUCACACGAGAGUCGUUUCCUAAUGACCUCCAGUUUACUAUUCUCAUGAGGUUCACUGUGGACCAGACCCAGACCCCCAACCUCAAGGUGAAGGUGGCCAUUCUGAAGUACAUUGAGACGCUGACGUUACAGAUGGAAGCUCCAGACUUUGUGAACUCUAGUGAGACUCGGCUGGCCGUCUCCCGUAUUAUUACAUGGACGACUGAACCCAAGAGUUAUGAUGUUAGAAAGGCAGCCCAGUUGGUGUUGAUCGCGCUGUUUCAGCUCAACACCCCAGAGUUCACCAUGCUGCUCGCAGCUCUGCCUAAAACCUUUCAGGAUGGAGCCACUAAGCUGCUUCAAAACCACCUGAAGAACACCGGCAACGCAGCACAGGCGCAGAUGGGCAGCCCCCUGACACGUCACACCCCUAAAUCUCCAGCCAGCUGGUCUAGCCCCGUCACAUCACCCACAAACACCUCCCAAAACACCCUAUCACCAAGUGCAUUUGACUACGACACAGAGAACAUGAACUCGGAAGACAUCUACAGCUCACUGAAAGGUGUCACUGAGGCCAUCCAGAACUUCAGUGUCCGCAGCCAAGAGGACAUGAAUGAAGCAGUCCAGCAGCGGGAAGGAGAAGAGGGUGGCAGCGGAACUGACAGCAGAGGUUCAGAUUUAAUGGACGGUGGCCGCAUGGCUCUGGACAACAAGACCUCCCUCCUCAACACGCCCCUGCUUUCCUCGACCCCCCGAGGGACCCAUGAACACUUCUUAGACUCUCCUUUCAAGCACAGGCACAGAGACAGCAGCCUGGACGACUCUGAGCAGCUCACUGACGACAGCAGCCUGGACCAAUCAGAACUGGUGGCUGAGCUGCUAAAGGAGCUGUCCAACCACAACGAGCGCGUAGAGGAGAGGAAGGCAGCGCUGUAUGAACUGCUGAAACUUAUUCGCAAAAACACCCUGCAAAUGUGGGAUGAACAUUUCAAAACCAUUCUUUUGCUCCUGCUUGAGACGAUGGGUGACAGAGAGCACACGAUCCGGAGGCUGGCUCUGCUGGUCCUUAGUGAGAUCCUCAGUAAACAGCCCUGGAGGUUCAAGAACUAUGCAGAGCUCACCAUCAUGAAGGCCCUGGAGGCUCAUAAGGACCCCCACAAGGAGGUGGUCCAUGCAGCAGAGGAGACGGCGGCCAUGCUGGCUCUGUCCAUCAGUCCAGACCAGUGCAUCAAAGUGUUGUGUCCCAUCAUCCAGUCAGCAGACUACCCCAUCAACCUGGCUGCCAUUAAGAUGCAGACCAGAGUGGUUGAGAGAAUUCCCCGGGAAGGCCUGAUCAGCAUGCUGCCUGAGAUAGUGCCAGGACUCAUACAGGGUUAUAACAACUCUGAGAGCAGUGUGAGGAAAGCCUCUGUGUUCUGCCUGGUGGCCAUUCAUGCAGUGAUCGGAGAGGACCUCAAACCUCACCUCAGCCAACUCUCCAGCAGCAAGCUGAAGCUCUUGAACCUGUACAUCAAGCGUGCCCAGUUCGCCUCCACCGGACUCGAACCUGAAUCUGAGGGCCUAUAGGAGACACAGCGCCCUCCUACAGGGCAACCACUGAACUGCAACUCUGCCCAACCCAAACGUCAAACAUCAUUUCAUGAGCUCACACCCACACAGACAGAGAAUAAAAAACAGACCGUCGCACUAUUUCUUUCAACAGGAGCAAACUGCUGUCAUCCACACCAACACUUGCACUCUGGUUAGCAAAAAGUAGGUUCACACAUUUCUAAUUCAUUUCCCUCCACCUGCUGCAUGGGAGCUGUAGUGCAGAUGAGUGGAGUUUUGUAGUUGUUGACCAUCCCUGAGGAUGCAUCCUGACUUCUGACACAGAGACUUUAAGAAAACUUCCAGAAACAGUCACAUGACUCCACCCAGGUUUAUCACCCAUCACUCAAGGGAUAAAGGUCUGAACCGUCCGUCCUCCACGUCUCCCUGUUGUCCAGUGGUCCUCUUCUGAAACACAAUAGCAUCCCCUUCAAACAUCUCAGUGUCAACAGGAAGUGGUGCAUCUGCAUGGUUUGGUCUUUAUUUGUUUUGGGGGAUUUUUUUUGGGGGGGGGGGGUAGGUGGUGGUGUUUAUCAAGCAGAUCUGAGACGAACGGUUCCAUCUUGUUUCUUUAUUAAACAAAAAGUAACUGGGGCCAGGUAGACAGGAAUGUAAAUUAUACAUUGUGUCAUUGUUUGGGGUUUUUCUUUUACAUGACGUUUUACUGCAGCAGUUUUUAAUGUUUUCUCUCUCAUACACACACACACAAACACACAUACGUUCUCUCUCUUUUCAAAAAGGUGCUGAUGAGCCUAAAAGGUACGACCAGCUCUGCAUGGCACCAACGCCAGCCCAGGCAGGGUCAUGCCUGCUCAGAGUGGUCACAGUCCAUGGGCGGAUUCCAGAGUACAAGGAUGGGUUACGUGCUUGGCUAUGCAUGAGACUAAAUUUUUAAAAAUAAAUACAUUUUUAUUGGGUUCUGUUGACAGAUUGUCGGAAUAGAGCCACUGGGGUUUUAAAUUAAUGUAAAAGUCUGGCCCUUUCAGAAUAUUCUGCGAUGUCCUGUAUGUCUCCCAGCUCAUCUUGGGUCGGUCCAUUUCUGGGCAAUAUUGGAAGGAAAAUGGGUGUGUGCUGCUUUUACAUGAAGUAUGACAGGACAUGGCUUCUUAUCACAUAGUGGAUAUGUAUCUAUAUAUGAUAUUAAAAUGGAAUAUCCAAUAACAGUGUCAUUUAGGAGAGUCCCUUGGAGGGGAGGGGGGUGCACACGCACCUGUGCCCAUCCUUGUUUUAUUUUUUUCUCCCUCUUACCCGUGCUGUAGUCCCUCUCUCUCUCACACUUAAUUUUCUCUGCUUAGAAAUUUGUAGAAAUGUAUUAUUUACAGCUCGGAAAACAACAUUGUCACAUCACCCUUUCUCUUCUCUUCAUUGUGUUUUUUCUUUCGUUCCUCUUGUAACAUUCUAGUUUUCACUGUUGUGUUUCCUCUGUGCAUUUACAAAGCAGUGCUUACAAUAAACUAAAGAACUUGUACAGAUGA